CGGCUCCUUUCCUCGGUGGCGGCGGCGGCGACGACAACGGGAUGGUGCUGGCCGGGUUCCUGUGGUGCGUGGCGGCCUUGCUGGUGUUGCAGGGCCGGGCUGACGAGCAUGACCACACGAGAUGAUGUGAUGCAGACCACCUACUGUGAAAUAGAUUUAGAUAAACAAACAAGAGAUGCAUUUGUUUAUGCUAUCAAAAAUCACUAUUGGUAUCAGAUGUACAUUGAUGACUUGCCAAUAUGGGGUAUUGUUGGUGAAGCAGAUGAAAAUGGUGAAGAUUUUUAUCUCUGGACAUAUAAAAAGCUUGAAAUAGGUUAUAAUGGAAAUAGGAUUGUAGAUGUGAAUCUGACAAGUGAAGGGAAAGUUAAAUUGGUACCCAAUACUAAAAUCCAGAUGUCUUACUCUGUGAAAUGGAAAAAGUCAGAUGUGAAGUUUGAAGAUAGAUUUGACAAAUAUCUUGAUCCGUCUUUCUUUCAACACAGGGUAUGCGAUAGAGAUCUGGGAGAUGAAUAUGGUUGGAAACAAGUUCAUGGAGAUGUUUUCAGGCCAUCUAGUCAUCCUUUAAUAUUUUCAUCUCUUAUUGGUUCUGGCUGCCAAAUCUUUGCAGUUUCUUUCAUAGUAAUCAUUGUUGCCAUGCUGGAAGAUUUAUAUACAGAGAGGGGAUCAAUGUUAAGUACUGCUAUUUUUGUUUAUGCUGCAACAUCACCAGUGAACGGCUACUGAAGAAGAUGGAUAAAGCAAAUGUUCAUUGGAGCAUUCCUUAUUCCUGCAAUGGUGUGUGGCACAGCCUUCUUCAUUAAUUUUAUUGCCAUUUAUUAUCAUGCAUCAAGAGCUAUUCCUUUUGGGACAAUGGUAGCUGUUUGUUGCAUCUGCUUUUUUGUUAUUCUUCCUUUAAAUCUUGUUGGAACAAUACUUGGACGAAAUCUUUCUGGUCAGCCAAACUUUCCUUGCCGAGUAAAUGCUGUUCCUCGUCCAAUUCCAGAAAAAAAAUGGAUGUAUGGUUUGUUUCAGACAUCUUUUUACUUUGGUUAUAUGGCAGUAUUUAGCACAGCCCUAGGAAUAAUGUGUGGAGCAAUUGGCUAUAUGGGAACAAGUGCCUUUGUUCGAAAAAUCUACACGAAUGUGAAAAUUGACUAAAAGAACUGAAAACUGGAACAGUUAACAUUUUAGGGUGUGGGGUGGGAAAAGAUUAUAUAACUUGCACACCAAAAAGCGCAGGAAAAAUUGUGUGCGUGGCACUGGGCACUCUGUGGGUCUCUUUCUUGUGGAUCAUUUAAAGCAACAUCCGUUUUCAUUGAUCCUAGGUUCUUACUGACUUUUUCCAAAUGUUCUCAGCAAAUGUGUGGAUUAUAUUCAGUAGGCAUUUCCACAGUACAUGCUUAUCUUCCCAAAAUUAGCUCAUAAAGAUGAAUAGACUAGCUCUCUUCAGUGAAGAGGACAAACUGUAUUUAACUAUUUGUUCCAUUCAGUUCUAAAGGAAAGUGAAACAGAUGGUUCUUAGAGGUUUCUAGUAAGUUAUUGGUACAAAAAAUAACUGUUCUGGAAAGAUUUCUUCCCUUCAACUUUAGUGUUAUUUGAUAGGGUGAAGAAACACGGGUGCUACCUGAAUAAUUUGCAAUGUUACCUAUUAUAAAAUAUACAUGCAUUUGGUUUUUUUUUAAAGUCAAAUAUUUGCAUGCAUUCUCAGUUUAAUAGGACCAAGUUUCCAUUUGUUCAUUACAAAAAGUAUAUUGAACUACAGUAUACCUGAAACCCAUCCAAAGAAACGUAACUAAUAAUAAAGGUGGAGUUUUCUGCACUGCAAUUUUUAAAUGCCAAGAAGCAAAAUAUAUGAAGAUGAAGCACUCAACACAUGGAGGUCUAGAUUUAAAAACAAUGAAUGUCUACAGUGAUUCCUCCCUUCCUUCCUUCUUCCCUCCCCCCUCCUUCUCUUUCUUUCUUUUCACCAGCCCACCCCCAGUUUGGAAUGUUUACUUGAUGAUUUAAAAGGGUAACAAGUGUAUGAAACAUUAAAUGAUGUAACUUAGAUGUAGCUCCCAAGUGUAUUUGGAUGUACAGAUUUACUAAAGAAUACUUUUUUCCUGAUGAUUCAGUGUAUAAAUAUGUGAAUUUAGGUGGCUUUUUACAUCUUGCCUGCUCUUGCAUGAAAUGUUGAGGAUUUCCUUGCAGUACGUAUUUCAUGUUUUCUGUUUACUUAAGCUCUUUCAAAAGCAAAAAAAACCUUGUAAUUUAUAAGAGUUUGAUUUUGUUUAGUUCUCUCUGGACACUUUCAUAAUAUCUAAAGCAAUGUUGCUUUAAGUGUUCAGAAAGUUUCAAAUAAACUUUUCAGACAAACUUUUUGAUGGUGAAAAAUAGAUAUAUUUUAAAUUAAAAUAUGAUUAGUUCAUCACUCCUUGGAAAAACAAUUCUGAAAAAGUUCAUAUAUAUAUUCUUCAGAUACUAAACCCCAGGUUGCAUUGGGCUACUCCCUAAUGUGCUUUAUUCAACUAAAAAGAAUUUGCCUGGUCAAGGAGGAAGCGUUUUCCAUAAGUAUGCAGAAGUUGUAAGUGAAAAGCAAGAACCAACAAAAUAAAGAGAAAACUUUCCCCAAAUUCCUGAAGAUUAAGCUGCAAUAAGGAUUUAGAAAUCCUUGUUUUUAAAGGAACUGAGGUAAACAUUUAGUAUGUAUCUUCAAGGCAAAGUUUGAAGCUAAAUAAUGCAGAUUAUUUCAAGCAACAAUUUCUUAUGAGGGGCAUUUGUUAAUCCUAAUUGGUUGCGUGUGCGUGUGGUAUUAAACUAUUUUCCUGAGAUGAGUUCACUUGAAGACUUUUCACAUUGGAAAAUAAUUGUGCAAGAGAAAUAAAUACAAUUUACAGUAAA